AUGGCGUGUAGCAGCAGCGACAGUGGCGUGACUGGAAUCGUUGUUCCUAAGGUUGGCGUGUGGCAGAUGGCAUCGCCGGGAGACACGGCACCAUCGAGAACAGAAGGAAAGACAGAACUAUCACAAAACAAGAGUUCAAAGACUCAUCUGAAACUGAAAUCUUUCUCUUCUCUUCAGAUUCCUAACACCACCUUCGUUCAACAAACAAUCAUCAUGGCUAUUGGCUUACCUGGAAAUCUUGCUAAGCAGAUUCUUCGUCGGUCAGGAUCUGGCUCAAACAAAUCAACUUCAAGAUUCCCGGACGUACCAAAAGGUUUCCUAGCAGUGUAUGUUGGGGAAAGCCAGAGGAAGAGAUUUGUUGUUCCAGUGUCCUACUUAAGUCAGCCUUCAUUUCAGGAUUUGUUGAGCAUGGCUGAAGAGGAAUUCGGCUUUGAUCAUCCUAUGGGUGGCUUGACAAUUCCCUGCAGCGAAGAGACGUUUACUGGUGUCACCUCUAGCUUGUGUAGAUCAUAA